AUGUCUACUGAAAAGAGUAAAAGAGCAAUUCGACGAGGAAAUCGAGCUUUCGUAACGAAAGUUAUUCAGACGGCAAAUGACGCCAUUGACAAGUUUGGUGGAACUCAGGUGGAGAAAGAUGCGUUAGAGGGUUGUAAAAUCACGUUAAUCGAUAAGAAAGAAUCCAUAAGAAAGCUUGAUGAAGCUAUUCUGAAUGAAAUUGAAGAUGAAGAGAAGAUUAUGGAAGAUAUAUUUCAGGCUGGCGAAGUGGGUGAGUCGAUCAAUAAAAUGCUUGUUAAAAUUGACAAUGUUUUGAAGACAGUUGAAGCGAGCAAUGUGUCCUCGCCAGGGGGACUGGGUACAACCAUGCCUAGC